UCCCUGCCUGCCGUCUCUCAACUCCUCUGUUGCUCUGCUCACCAGCCUGUUUACGUCUGCCAGGGACACACACACCUCUCUCCGCUCCGGUCCGGUCUGGCGGUCCACUGUUAACCUCCUUUAGCUGCUACUUGUCUUUGUAUUGGUUUUUGGAAGUGUUGGAUAUUUCCUGGUUUUUGUGAAUGGGCGGCCGAUGCGAGGUGGCUGUGACUGUGAAUGGACUGACUGACUGUCAGCUCUGCGUACACUAUUCUGAAGAGGCAAUGUGACAGGUCUCUGGACACCACUGGUAGACUCUGAAUUAUAAACAAACGGAAAGAAAGGAAUUAAGAAGAUCAGUGAGAGGAGAAGGAGAGUCGAGGAUGGGCCACAGUGAAGAUGACCUGAUUGGGAUUCCGUUCCCCAACCACAGCAGUGAUGUCCUGUGCUGCCUUAACGAACAGCGCCUCGCCGGGUUGCUCUGUGACGUGGUGCUCAUCGUACGCGACCAGGAGUACCAGACCCACCGCUCGGUCCUCGCCGCCUGCAGCAUGUACUUCAAGAAGCUCUUCACCGUGGCCUCGGACGGAAGGGACAAGCACAGUGUGUAUGAGAUAGACUUCGUGGCCCCGGAGUCACUGACGGCCAUCUUGGAGUUCGCCUACACAUCCACGCUAACGGUGACGGCGUCCAACGUGAAAGAAAUUCUUGGAGCGGCUCAGAUGUUGGAGAUCCCCUGCAUCGUCACCGUCUGUCUGGAGAUUAUGGACUCUGGCAAGGGAGGAGGAGGAGAGGGAGAUGAGGAGGAAGACGAAGAGGAGGAGGAACAGGAGGAGGAGGAGGAGGAAGAGUCGAGGAAGGACGAGCAGGAGGUUCACGAGGAGGACAACGCCAGUGAGUGGUCAACGAGGUCGUCAGAGAGUCAGGACCAGGCCGAGUCGGAGAGAGGAGCACCACCCAGUACCUCUCAGUACCAGCACCAGUAUGAGCUGCAGAGGAACAGGAAGUGCACAGACAAAGACUCUCAGUGUGAGAAACCCAGCCCGGAGCAUGAGCGCAUGGAGAGCCGAGCCCUCAAGGACUUUUCCAUUGAGUCUCUGCUACAGGAAGGGCUGUACCCUAAACUGCCAUCAGUCCUGGACAGGAGGGACAACUUUUCCCCUCUGCUCCCUGGCUUCUACCCUCCCAUGUGGGCUGCAGAGUUCCCAGGUUUCCCCCCGCAGGUCCUAGACCCCAGCCACCACGCCCAGACCCAGACCCUCCACCGUUCCUCCCACCCUUCUCAACUGGACAACCGACCCUUAGACCUGGCCGUGAAGAGAGAGGUCGUCAAGGAGGAGCUGAAGGAGGAAGUCCCUCCCAGUAUGCUCCACAGUGACUUCCUGAAAGACUUAAUGACCUCCGGCCUGGGGGUGGGGGUGGUACGGUCCGAGGGGCCUCACCUCCACCCGGGUCAGAUAAAGCAGGAGGAAGGCUUCCGCUCAUACCUGAGCUUCCUGAGUGCAUCAAGCCACCUGGGGGCACUGUUCCCUCCCUGGCAGAUGGAGGAGGAGAGGAAGAUGAAGCCCAAAGCAUCCCAGCAGUGUCCCAUCUGUAACAAGGUGAUCCAGGGGGCGGGGAAACUACCCAGACACAUGAGGACUCACACAGGAGAGAAACCAUACAUGUGCACCAUCUGUGAGGUGCGCUUCACCAGGCAAGACAAGCUGAAGAUCCACAUGCGGAAGCACACAGGAGAGCGGCCCUACGUCUGCCUCCACUGCAACUCUAAGUUUGUCCACAACUACGACCUGAAGAACCACUUGCGUAUCCACACAGGGGUGCGGCCCUACCAGUGUGAGCACUGCUACAAGAGCUUCACACGCUCAGACCACCUGCACCGGCACAUCAAGAGGCAGAGUUGCCGCGUCUCACGCCCUCGACGAGGCCGCAAGCCCGCCGCCUGGCGCUCAGCCAACAACUUCCUGCAGGGCCCUCCUGACUCGGCCAAUCACCACGAGGAUGGCAAGGGCGGCUGCCGGCUCCUGACCUCCUCCCAUCGAGGCGUUAGAGGUCACGGUCUGGGCCUAGGGGAGAGAGAGAGACAGGCCCUGGGUGGUAAGGGCCUGGGCUAUAAGGACUUGGACAGUGACAGCAGAGAGAGUCGGGAGGGCAGGGAGGCCAGAGAGGGCCGGGAGGCUAGAGAGGGCCGCGAGGGCCGGGAAGCUAGAGAGGCCAGAGAGGGCCGGGAGGCUAGAGAGGCUCGCCAUCACCAGUCAGACAGGAAGCAUGUGGUUGACAAGGUGGAGCUGGAGAGACAGAGGGGUGUGUUCACCUUUGCCCUGGCGGGGCCUGGGGGGGAAGUCCUUACUCACCCUCCAUUUUACACCCCGACCCCUAACCCCUGGACCAUUAGACUGGAGAACCACGCCUCUCCCAUCCCUGAGCCGACCAACUGACACAGAUUAAAGAUGAUAGAACAGAGACAGUGCCGGCCAACUGACACUUGAACAGAGAGAGAGCCGGCCAACUGACACCUGAACAGAGAGAGAGCCGGCCAACUGACACCUGAACAGAGAGCGAACCGGCCAACUGACACUUGAACAGAGAGAGAGCCGGCCAACUGACACCUGAACAGAGAGAGAGCCGGCCAACUGACACCUGAACAGAGAGCGAGCCGGCCAACUGA